AUGGCGCCCAUCACCCUCGGCAACGUGGAUAAUGAUCUCAAAGAUGUCAUCCAACAUCUUUUUGAAAUCCAGUCCGCCGUGCACGGCUACCUAGGCCCGGAGACGCAGCAAGAGCUGGUCCGAAAAAUUAAGAGUCUUACAAUUGGACUAUCCACCCUCUCGAACCAUACCCGCGAUGACGGCACGGAAGGAAGAGAAGACGGCGAGACAAACACAACGAAUACUGGACCCGACCCUGGCAGCACCAGUAAUCACCCGUCCGACGUGCCGGUGAAUCGGAUCCUGUUACCACCCGAGAUUAUUGAAUACGUGGACGCGGCGCGGAACCCGGACAUCUACACGCGGGAAUUCGUGGAGCUGGUGCAGCGGGGGAACCAGGAUCUGAAGGGGAAACAGGAAGCGUUUGCGAGUUUCCGCGACGUGUUGGCGCGGGAAAUGAGGAGUGCGAUGCCAGAGUGUCGGGGGGAGGUGGAUCGGGUGGUGGUGCAAACUACGAAGCUGUAG